GCUUUAUCCUAGCCACACAGAGGCAGAGUUGUACUUCUGUGCAUCUUGUUUGGUGGUGUCUUUCAGAGGAUGGCUUUCAAAAUCCAGAAUCAAUAUCUGGUGCUAGCCGGGCUUGGUGGCACAUGCCUUUAAUCCCAAUUCUUGGGAGUCAAAGGCAGGCGGAUCUCUGCCUGUUCAAGUCCAGUUUGGUCUACAUAGUGAGUUCUAGGCCAUCUGGAGCUACAAGGAGACCCUGUCUCAAAAAGACCCCCCGGCAAAAAAAAUCUGGUGGUAGAUUGCAGGGCUGGCAGAAUUAGAGAAAAAGUGAAGAUCUCAGUCUUCUAAAGUCUGACUGUGUGGGAGCUCAGCUGUGAGGAGUAGUUAGGCUCUGAGGAAUGAAAUAUGUUUGAAUGGGGAGAACUGACUCAGGGCCACUUGGGCUAGGGCUUCCUUUUAUAGGUCCUCUACCUUCCAGUUUCCUGCUUAGAUCUGUAUUCUAAGCUUGGCUGGACCUACCCCUUCUGCAUGCCAGGCAAAGGCACUUGAGAGUUUUCAAAGGUCAGGGUGGGCUGUCAAAGGUCCACCUCUUCCUUGGACAAAAAAGAAAUGGAGGCAUAGACAAGUAACUGGCUGAAAUUAGACUUCAGGGAAAGGCAGAGGAAUGAGACAUGGGGCUUCUUGCCUCUGCUAAAAUUUGCCCACCAAACAUUCAGCUCUUUGACCGGAUUUGGUUCUAGUGUCUCGAAAUGGCUGGGAGAUAGUGCCAGCUCUAAGGAUAGCUAGGGCUGAAGGAAAUAGUCUAUGAGCUUCAGCUCUGACCCUAUGCCUCUGUGUCAUCUCAACAGAAGUGGAGGUAUCAGGAUCACAUUCCCUAUCUGGCAUUUGGGCCAGACCUCCCCAGCCCCAAGGAUGGGACCAAGUACCUAACUGCCAGGUUCACCUCUGACCAAGCUAGUUCCACCAAAAUAACCAUGGUUCAUUCUCCAGACAGAGCUGGCCAAAAUCUUGGGGUGUGAGGAAGUAGGGUCAGCUCUGCCCUGGCUUUGUUUAGAGGAAGAAGAGAGACAGUUAUGCCUGGUUCAGUGAACUCCUGGGGAGGGGGACAUUAAGGAGUAGCUCGGAAGAUCCUAGAAGCUUUGCCUUAAGUAACGGUGUCCAAAAUCAGAGCCAGGUUGGGGCAGUAGCCCAGCGUGGCAAUUCUUUUAGAAGAUUCUUCCCCUUCCCCAAGCCAGAGUAGGAGGGUGCCAGGUGGGGGGAGGCAGUAGUCAGGGUCUGGCCCCACCCCGCUGUCAAGAAACAGCUGGACUGAGCUGGUUGGAGUUCGUCGGAAGGAGCGCGCGGUGCUUGAAACGAAACAUAGGUGAGAAGGAAGUUCCUUGACUGCAGGACCCUGGAGGAAAGCCAGAUAUCCAGGGUGAUGGUGGGAACAGGGGAGGAUCACGGUGACUGAGUAUCAGGUGUCCUUCAAGCUUGUCCUAGUAGGUUUGCUUGGAGUAACGAUAUCCACGAUCAAGGCCACGAUCACGUUUGUGCACCUGGCGAGAGAGACUUCUAGAAAAGAGCACGGGGCAGGGUCCUAGCUCCGCCCGUGGAGUUCUAAUUCAGAAUGUUGAUAUUGAGGUGGAUAUGUGUGGCAGGUGGAUUCCCCUUCUAGCCGUAGGGAUGUGCGGAUCCCGAGUUGAGGCGGCAGCUGGAGGCUGCUGGACUCGUGGCAGGCCUGCAAGGGUGGGCCCCCAAGCUUCCAGCAGCUUGCGGCCAUAGUUCUGCGGGGCUGAGAACUGAGAGCAUUCCGUUCCCGGCGCUCGGCGCUCGGCAGGCCGCCCUGGGUGCGCCCGAAGGGGCGGGGCGGAGCGCGCUCUGCGGCAGCAGCGUACGGCGCUCCGCUGCUCUCGCCUGGGGCGGCCGCCCCGCGUGCGCCGGAGCCAAGAUGGCCGCCUCCACCGCCCAGUGCCGAGUGACAAAAGCGGAGAGCAAGGCGGCGGCAGGGCUGCGCGCGGGGGGCUCCCGGGAGCGCGCGCCCACGGGGGCGCCUCCGCCUGGCCCCCCAAGUCCAGGCCCGGUGACCCUCCCUGUGCCGCCGCUGCCCCUGCCCCCACCCCCGCCGCCUCCGUCGCGGGACGGGCCCAAGGCCGAGCGGGAGCCGGGGCCCAGGCCCUCGCCCGCGCCGGGUGCUGGGACCCCGGGCCUCCUGCAGCCGCCCCCAGGGUCCCAGGCAUCAGAAGCACCGCCGCCCCUCCUCAGGACUCGCCGGCCCUGACAGAUGUCCCGCGCAUCUUUUGGAGCGCCCCGUUGUCAUGGUUCCGGUCCCCUCGGUGUGGAAAGCCACUUUUGACCCUGCCCCAUCUGACAGACGCGCCCACUUCCACCCGGAGACUUUGACAAAGUACUCGGUGUCGCGAUCACCGUGGCCUCCCGGCCUGUCUUCCCUCUGUGGGACGCAAACUCAGCAAGAGGGACCUUCCAAGACCUCUGCCCGGUUGCUUCCCUUUGAGCGUCUCCGGCGUCCAUCUGACACAUUUCCUUCGUUCUCAGAGCCCUUGCUCUGAACUCGACCUUGUUGCUCAACAGGCUUCCCAGGCCCGCUUUUAAAAUGAAAAAUAAGACUAAGAAAACCGCCCUGGAUUCCUUCUCCUACAGGCAUCUCACCCUAGGAAGCUUCCUCUUUAGAUGGAAGCUUGAGAAACUUCACACAAAGUUCUGUCAUUCCCACUCUCUCUUCCUGUCCUGUCUGAUCCCUUUGGUGCAGGCUCCAGGUUAUUACAUUGUCCCAUCGUAGGCUUUGCUAUAGUGGGCUCCCUAUUGUCUCUGAGGCUCCCUUGUUUGGUGAAGAUUUCACCCAGUCCUCAGCUCCCUGCCUCUCUGGCCUCUCUGGCUUCCUGACUCCUGCCUCUUUCUUCUGACUGUCCCCACCUUCACCCUCUUAGGAGUUUUGCCCAGAGAGGUAUUUUCCCUGUUUCCUUCAGAUGGGAGUCUCAGCUCAGACUUGCAGUGUGUUCUCAGACCUGUGUACCUUCUGGUGGAUUGAAACUGUUGCUGGUCUCUUCUGUGGUUGGACAGCCUCAGUGUCCCUACAUUGAGGUCGCGCUGGGGGUUAUGGGUGCAGUCUCAGCCACUCAGGAAUGAGUGGCUUCUGGUGGGAGUGAGAGCAGAGGCCAAGGAUGAGGAAGAAGCACUGUUCUUUCAGCCCCCUUCUAGCGGGUGGACAGCGUGAUGCUUGACUGGGCUGAGCCUGUCUCCUCCACC